AUGCAAGCCAAUCAUUCCAAUUGCAUCGCCAUAUUAUUUAAUCAAGCUACAAGUGAACCUGUAUGCAUGUUACUAUGGUCUAUUGCUAAUGGCAAUACUCAAGUGUUAUCCAAUGAUACCAAGUUUAACUUUUACUUAAAUGAUCGUCGAGAGGUUAGCCAAGCAUUACACCAAAUUCGACUUGAUCUUAUGGAAAGCUGCCCUGCUGCUGUGCAAAAUGUCUAUGUUGUACACCAUGUAACUCAUGAAUUUGCAAGAUCUAUGGACUUAAUCAUCAACGUUACAACCAAUACAGCGAAUAAUCGUAUAAUCAAAAAGUUAUUACCUCCUAAGACGAUGGUGGUUCAAAUCGAUUCGCCAGCCAUAGUCUAUUACAUGAACACGGGACAUAGAUUUUCAAUCCUAUCUUGGGUAGAUAAAAUGUCACACCAAGUUUUUAUUGACUGCCUACAAAUUCAGGAAAAGAAGAAAGAGCAGAUAUUGUUAAAAAAUCUUGGACCUAAUCCACGUUUAUAA